CCGGGAUGGGCCGGGAGCUGCCUGGCUUCUCUCCACUGCCGCCGGCUCUGCGUCCUGGGGCAUCUCUGGGCUGGAGGCGGCGCGGGGAAGCGGUCACCAUGAGCGACGGCAGGUGCGCCCGGUGCGUUGGGCACUCUCUGGUGUGGCUGGCUACGCUCUGCAUCGUGGCUAACAUCCUGCUUUACUUUCCCAACGGGGAAACCAAGUACGCCUCGGAACACCACCUCAGCCGCUUUGUCUGGUUCUUCUCGGGCCUGGCUGGAGGGGGCUUGCUGAUGCUGCUCCCGGCCUGCGUGUUCAUCGGGCUGGAGGACGGGGACGGCUGUGGCUGCGACGACUGCGGCAAGGGCUGCGCGACGCUGUCCUCGGUGCUGGCCGCCCUCAUCGGCAUCGCGGGGUCCGGCUACUGCGUCAUCGUGGCCGCGCUGGGCCUGGCGGAAGGGCCCUUGUGCGCGGACGCCUCCGGCCAGUGGAACUACACCUUUGCGGACACGGAGGGCGGGUACCUUAUGGACAGCUCCACGUGGUCCCGGUGCCAGGAGCCUGAGCAUGUGGUAGAGUGGAACGUCACCCUCUUCUCCCUCCUCCUGGCCCUCGGCGGGAUUGAAUUCAUCUUGUGCCUCAUUCAAGUCAUCAACGGAGUGUUCGGAGGCCUCUGUGGGUACUGCUGCUCACGCCAGCAGAGAUACGACUGCUAAGGCAGAGAACCGCCCCACGCCGAACGCAGCUCCCUAUAUUUAUAUACUACUUGUACUACUGGAAAACACUGUACUCCAUUUUCUAUUCUGCCUUUAUGUAGGAAUAAAGACUGGUGUCUUUCUGAGAUGCUGGUGUGUCAACUUAGCAAACAAACAUUAUUAUUUUUUUAAGGAACGAGAAAAUAUCAAGCAGUGCUCUGGAGGCAGUUACUAACUGAACGGCCUCGGUGCACCGGGGGAAACCGUUGUAGUUAGGACGCAAGUCCGCUGCCUUACUGCUGCGCGAGUGCACACGCGUGUUUUCUCAUUGAGAGAGGUCGGUUGCUUUCUCUAAGCCCGGGACGGAGGCGGUGGGCCUUCGCGGUCGGUGGGCUGUUCUGUGCACAUGUCCGUGAGCGUCCAGCAAGGGCCCCUGCAGUCUCUCUGCUCUGAGAGGGGCGCUGCAGAAGCCUCCAGGGCCUCAGCCUCUCGAGCGUGAAAGCAAAGACCAGGGGCGUGUGCAACGACGAGAGGACAUGGAAGAUGCAGAACACAGUCACUGGUCCCUGUCGUGGGCAUGGGGGGGGGGGUGUGGAAGAAUGGGAGAGACCUCCUCCCCCCAAGGCUGGCUUGUGGGAGACAAAAUAAAAUAUUCACUGCC